CGGCUCACUGCAUGGUAGUCUGGUGCCUCCCCGCCGCCCGUAUCGCCGUCGCCGCCGCCGCCCCGCGACGACCAUCGCCGCCCCCUGCCCUGCAGCCGCCGCCGCCGCCGCCUGUGUCGCCGCCGCCUCGGGACCGGCUGUAUGAUUAGGCCACAAUCUUCAAUGAGUAGACAUAUUCCUCAGUUCUGUGGUGUUCUUGGUCACACAUUUAUGGAGUUUCUGAAGGGCAGUGGAGAUUACUGCCAGGCACAGCACGACCUCUAUGCAGACAAGUGAACUGUAGAAAUCCAUUACUACUCCACCAAGAAGCCCCUGCAAGAGUGGUUAACCUGGACACAGACGUGUUGAAUUGCAAUCUGCAGAGCAUUUUCCAAGAGUUCUGACCUGGAUGGGGUAAACCUCAGUGCACUUGCUUUCUAUUGCCUCAGUAUUACUGGAUUGAAGAGUUGCUACUUCCCAAUAGGAGGUUCAUUUCAUUUAUCAUUACUCCCAGUUUCAUAAAGCACUGAGAAUUUUAAGUGGAGUAUAUUGAAGUAGACUUCAGUUUCUUUGCAUCAUUCCUGUAUUCGAUUUUUUAAAUUCUUUCAUAACCCUAUUGAGUGUUUAAGUAAGUUAACAUGGCUCGAAUGAACCGCCCUGCUCCUGUGGAAGUCACGUACAAGAACAUGAGAUUCCUUAUUACACACAAUCCAACCAACGCGACCUUAAACAAGUUUAUUGAGGAACUUAAGAAGUAUGGAGUUACCACAAUUGUAAGAGUCUGUGAAGCAACUUACGACACUACUCUGGUGGAGAAAGAAGGCAUCCAUGUUCUCGAUUGGCCUUUUGAUGAUGGCGCACCACCUUCUAACCAGAUUGUUGAUGACUGGUUAAGUCUUGUAAAAAUAAAAUUUCGUGAAGAACCUGGUUGCUGUAUUGCAGUGCAUUGUGUUGCAGGCCUUGGGAGAGCUCCAGUGCUUGUUGCCCUGGCACUAAUUGAAGGUGGAAUGAAAUAUGAAGAUGCAGUACAGUUCAUAAGACAAAAGCGACGUGGAGCAUUUAACAGCAAGCAGCUUCUGUAUUUGGAAAAGUACCGACCUAAAAUGCGGCUACGCUUUAAAGACGCCAACGGUCACAGAAACAACUGUUGCAUUCAAUAAAACUGGGUGCCUGGUGCCAUUGUCUCAGAAAUGGAACUUGAGAUGGAACCUAAUUUGUCAUACAUAUUAGCCAACAAUAUUGGUUUGGUG